AGUACUUCCGGGGCAAGUGAGCGCCCACAAGACCAAAUGCCGGCGCGUUCUUUCCCGUGGAAGCAGUUGACAUUUACAAGGAAGAGCGUCCCCAAAGGUCUUUUGCUGUUUUUUAAGGGGAGAACAGCGUUUACCCUCUUUGGACUUUUUCUUUUUUUUUUUUGGAGACGGAGUUUCGUUCUUUCGCCCAGGCUGGAGUGCAGUGGCGCGAUCUCGGUUCACUGCAACCUCUGCGCCCCGGGUUCAAGCGAUUCUCCUGCCUCAGCCUCCCGAGUAGCUGGGAUUACAGGUGCCCGCCACCACGCCCGUCUGAUUUCCUCUUAAGACUUUCUACAGCUUCCUUAUGAAAUCUUCUGACUGAGCCUUGAGAAAUAAGGUCUUUUGCUACAAUUUAGUGCUCUUUUCCUCACACUAAAUCGAAAACUCUCCCUGUUGGUCCUGAUCUGUUUCAGUCAGGCAAAUUACAUCCUGGGAAAACGUCAGAUGACGAGGGAGGCCACUCGCUUCCUGCUCAUCCAGUUUCGACACUUUCUGUGCUUUCAUUAGCUUCCAGACCUCAGCCCUGGCCUUCGCUUUACUGUACAGUCAGAACUGGUUUCUACGCCUCGCGAGGGUGAGAGGUCGUGUAUGGGAGGAGGACCGCUUCCCACCAGCCUCGUUGGGAAGCCAGGAGAAAUCUCUUCAAAUCCUGCGAUUCACAGUCAAAUCCCAGUCGUCCUUUUCCUGGUCGGCCCAGAACUCUUUGUGCCUCCUCCCUCAUGAGGAAUGAUGUCAGUGGGGCCGCGGUCACCGCCCACGAAGAGUGUAAGCCUGCGAAGUCUGGGCUUUCCCGACGCCCCCUCCCUCCGCGUCUGCGUAGGUGAGGAGACGAGGGUGGGGCGCGGCGGCGCGGUGACGUCACGGCCGCGCGCGGCGUGGGCGGAGCCUCACUUUGAACCCAGUUGGCGGGAGUGGCUGCUCGCCGAGGGGCCGUGGCCGCGGGACCGCUGUAGACUGUCCAGCGAUGGAGCCCACCGCAGGAAGCAAGAAGGAGGCCGGAGGAGGCGCGGCGACCAAGGAGGGCGUGAAUAGGAUCCCAGUGCCAAAACCGCCGUCCAUUGAGGAAUUCAGCAUAGUGAAGCCCAUUAGCCGGGGCGCCUUCGGGAAAGUGUAUCUGGGGCAGAAAGGCGGCAAAUUGUAUGCAGUAAAGGUUGUUAAAAAAGCAGACAUGAUCAACAAAAAUAUGACUCAUCAGGUCCAAGCUGAGAGAGAUGCACUGGCACUAAGCAAAAGCCCAUUCAUUGUCCAUUUGUAUUAUUCACUGCAGUCUGCAAACAAUGUCUACUUGGUAAUGGAAUAUCUUAUUGGGGGAGAUGUCAAGUCUCUCCUACAUAUAUAUGGUUAUUUUGAUGAAGAGAUGGCUGUGAAAUAUAUUUCUGAAGCAGCACUGGCUCUAGACUACCUUCACAGACAUGGAAUCAUCCACAGGGACUUGAAACCGGACAAUAUGCUUAUUUCUAAUGAGGGUCAUAUUAAACUGACGGAUUUUGGCCUUUCAAAAGUCACUUUGAAUAGAGAUAUUAAUAUGAUGGAUAUCCUUACAACACCAUCAAUGGCGAAACCUAGACAAGAUUAUUCAAGAACCCCAGGACAAGUGUUAUCGCUCAUCAGCUCGUUGGGAUUUAACACACCAAUUGCAGAAAAAAAUCAAGACCCUGCAAACAUCCUUUCAGCCUGUCUGUCUGAAACAUCACAGCUUUCUCAAGGACUCGUAUGCCCUAUGUCUGUAGAUCAAAAGGACACUACUCCUUAUUCUAGCAAAUUACUAAAAUCAUGUCUUGAAACAGUUGCCUCCAACCCAGGAAUGCCUGUGAAGUGUCUAACUUCUAAUCUACUCCAGUCUAGGAAAAGGCUAGCCACAUCCAGUGCCAGUAGUCAGUCCCACACCUUCAUAUCCAGUGUGGAAUCAGAAUGCCACAGCAGUCCCAAAUGGGAAAAAGAUUGCCAGGAAAGUGACGAAGUAUUGGGCCCAACAAUGAUGAGUUGGAAUGCAGUUGAAAAGUUAUGCACAAAAUCUGCAAAUGCCAUUGAGACGAAAGGUUUCAAUAAAAAGGAUCUGGAGUUAGCUCUUUCUCCCAUUCAUAACAACAGUGCCCUUCCCACCACUGGACGCUCUUGUGUAAACCUUGCUAAAAAAUGCUUCUCUGGGGAAGUUUCUUGGGAAGCAGUAGAACUGGAUGUAAAUAAUAUAAAUAUGGACACUGACACAAGUCAAUUAGGUUUCCAUCAGUCAAAUCAGUGGGCAGUGGAUUCUGGUGGGAUAUCUGAAGAGCAUCUUGGGAAAAGAAGUUUAAAAAGAAAUUUUGAGUUGAUUGACUCCAGUCCUUGUAAAAAAAUUAUACAGAAUAAAAAAACUUGUGUAGAGUAUAAGCAUAACGAAAUGACAGAUUGUUAUACAAAUCAAAAUACAGGCUUAACAGUUGAAGUGCAGGACCUUAAGCUAUCAGUGCACAAAAGUCAACAAAAUGACUGUGCUAAUAAGGAGAACAUUGUCAAUUCUUUUACUGAUAAACAACAAACACCAGAAAAAUUACCUAUACCAAUGAUAGCCAAAAACCUUAUGCAUGAACUCGAUGAAGACUGUGAAAAGAAUAGUAAGAGGGACUACUUAAGUUCUAGUUUUCUAUGUUCUGAUGAUGAUAGAGCUUCUAAAAAUAUUUCUAUGAACUCUGAUUCAUCUUUUCCUGGAAUUUCUAUAAUGGAAAGUCCAUUAGAAAGUCAGCCCUUAGAUUCAGAUAGAAGCAUCAAAGAAUCCUCUUUUGAAGAAUCAAAUAUUGAAGAUCCACUUAUUGUAUCACCAGAUUGCCAAGAAAAGACCUCACCAAAAGGUGAUGAGAACCCUGCUGUACAAGAGAGUAACCAAAAAAUGUUAGGUCCUCCUUUGGAGGUGCUGAAAACGUUAGCCUCUAAAAGAAAUGCUGUUGCUUUUCGAAGUUUUAACAGUCAUAUUAAUGCAUCCAAUAACUCAGAACCAUCCAGAAUGAACAUGACUUCUUUAGAUGCAAUGGAUAUUUCAUGUACCUACAGUGGUUCAUAUCCCAUGGCUGUAACCCCUACUCAAAAAAGAAGAUCCUGUAUGCCACACCAGCAGACCCCAAAUCAGAUCAAGUCGGGAACUCCAUACCGAACUCCGAAGAGUGUGAGAAGAGGGGCAGCCCCCGUUGAUGAUGGGCGAAUUCUAGGAACCCCAGACUACCUUGCACCCGAGCUGUUACUAGGCAGGGCACAUGGUCCUGCGGUAGACUGGUGGGCACUUGGAGUUUGCUUGUUUGAAUUUCUAACAGGAAUUCCCCCUUUCAAUGAUGAAACACCACAACAAGUAUUCCAGAAUAUUCUGAAAAGAGAUAUCCCUUGGCCAGAAGGUGAAGAAAAGUUAUCUGAUAAUGCUCAAAGUGCAGUAGAAAUACUUUUAACCCUUGAUGAUACAAAGAGAGCUGGAAUGAAAGAGCUAAAACGUCAUCCUCUCUUCAGUGAUGUGGACUGGGAAAAUCUGCAGCAUCAAACUAUGCCUUUCAUCCCCCAGCCAGAUGACGAAACAGAUACCUCCUAUUUUGAAGCCAGGAAUACUGCUCAGCACCUGACCGUAUCUGGAUUUAGUCUGUAGCACAAAAAUUUUCCCUUUAGUCUAGCCUUGUGUUAUAGAAUGAGCUUGCAUAAUUAUAUACUCCUUAAUACUAGACUGAUCUAAGGGGGAAAGAUCAUUAUUUAACCUAGUUCAAUGUGCUUUUAAUGUAUGUUGCAGCUUUCACAGAGUUAAAAGGCUGAAAGGAAUAUAGUUAGUAAUUUAUCUUAACCUCAAAACUGUAUAUAAAGCUUCAAAGCUUUUUUCAUCUAUUUAUUUUGUUUAUUGCACUUUAUGAAAACUGAAGCAUCAAUAAAAUUAGAAGACACUAUUGAGAGU